CGUCCUCAUUGUUCGUAACAGCCUCCAAAAAACACAGUCGCCCACCAUGCCUCCUCCAAAAUCCAAAGGCGGGAAGAUGCUUUCCCUGAUCAACUGGCGAAUGAAGGUCACGAUCAACGACGGCCGCGCGUUCGUCGGGCAGAUGCUCGCGUUUGACCGCCACAUGAACCUCGUCCUGGCCGAGUGCGAGGAGUUUAGGCGGAUACGACCGAAGAAAAAGCAGGGAGAGACGGAGGCGGGGCCCGUGCAGGAGAUGAAAAGGACACUCGGGCUCGUCAUCUUGCGCGGCGAGACGGUCGUCAGUCUCUCGGUGGAGGGUCCGCCGCCGGUGGUGGAUGAGGACAAGAAGAACGCUCUCCCGAUUGGUCCUGGGAGAGGUAUGCCGGCCGGUCGUGGUAUGGGUAUGAUGCCGCCAAUGGGGGCACCGGCGUUGCAACGCCCGCCCAUGCCGUUUGCUCCAGGUAUGCCUCCUGCAGGAUUCCCUCCUGGCUUCCCUGGCGGUCCUCCUGGUAUGCCGCCCUUCGCGCCGCCUCCAGGGUACGGUGGCCCGCCUCCUGGCUUCCGACCGCCACCCCAGUGAUCGAUCGCCCUUCAAUCUUCUGCGAAGGCCUUGUAUUCUAUUUGUUCCUCUCCAUUUCUCUCCUCACUGACAUGCGAGCAAGAAGCUCUAAGAAGGCUUGUCGGAGGCCAGCCUUGGCUGUGACCUGUACUGUCUCCUGCGCGGUGAUACUGGGAUCCGAAAAUGCCCUUUGAAAUUGUUCUUGCGUGUGCGUCUGGAGAAAGGUUUGUAUGGGUAAAAUUUUUCAGUAACGUGUGCGGACCUAGCGUGCUGUCCUGUUCUCGAAGUCGUGUUCUCUUGAUAUUGAAUCUGCUUCCUGCUAUCUGCUAUCUGCUAUUUAGACGUGGCACUUGCCUUUGCACGCAAAGAACUCGGCAACAUGCAUUGUCUCGCUGCCGGUUAGAAGCAUAGACGGUCGUGUGAGUGGUGAUUCCGUCCGCAAAUUGGUAUAGAGCCCCUCGAUGGC